AUGACAGAUUUAUUGGAAGCAGUAUCUCUAAAUCAACUGGCUAACAGAAGAGCAGGUGAAGCUUUACUCGCCCGGUCACCUGAGCUACAAGCCUCCUCAAAUAUUAAAGGACCAAGAGAAGUAAUGCGUGAACGCACUGCCAGAGAGGCGAGGAGGAAGGUUGAAGAUGACCAGAAAGAAAAUCUAGAGAGAGCUAGAGCUGUCGAGGAGGCUAGAUUAAUCGAGGAGCGACGGCAAAGUAUUGAAAGAAGAAAUUCGAGUGCAACCGCUUCUGGGCACCAACGAAAAACUAGCGGAAGGUCUGCUCACGCGCAAGCUAGGCCACUCGAUAAGUCUCACACUGCUCAAGAGCAUUUGUCUACACAUAAUGCCCGGGAGCCGCAUCCCAAUAAUGUUGAUGAGACUGGAACUACACGAGCUCACUCAAGACAAGCAGAAGAUCAACAUAGGCCUGGUCUAUCGGACAUUUAUCGACGGUCAAGCCCGUCACGUAUGGAGACUUCGUCUCAGCCCCAACCUCAGAAUGCAGUCACACGAUCUACCUUUCCUCAUGCUUUCGAGCGAUGGGAGACUCUAUCUGCACAUUGGGAAGGACUUACCUCGUUUUGGAUCCGAAGACUUGAAGAAAACAGUAACGAAAUUCAUCGCGAUCCACUUCUACAGCAGCUUUCUCGGCAAGUAACGGACUUGUCAGCAGCAGGAGCAAAUCUUUUCCAUGCAGUGGUAGAAUUGCAAAGAUUACGAGCCUCAUCUGAGAGAAAAUUUCAGAGAUGGUUCAAUGACACUAGAUCUGAGCUGGAACGCAAUAAGGAAGUGCAAGCUACCACGGAGAGGAAGCUUCACUUUGAGAUACAGGCACGAGCGGCCGCAGUGGCUGAAGCGACUGCGAUUGAGAAAGAAAAAUUGAAUUCUGACAGGUUGCUAGCUGAGGCAAGAAGAGAGUUGCAGAUCUCUAAAGAAGAAGCCAGACGAGCCUGGGAAGAACUUGGUCGGCGGGAGCAGGAAGAAAGAGCGCGCUCGAUAUCUUUGCGUGACGGCCUACCGACAGUAGUUGGAGGGGUACAAGUUGUUCCAAUGAUGGCUACUGCUCCAAGUCGUAUCGGAAAUAAUCGAGACACUCAGUACACUUCUGAACCACCAAACACAUCUCAUAUAUCUGAAUGCUCGAAUGAAGAUAUCCACCAUCAACAGUAUACUCGUAUGUCGGAUGAUACCUACAACUUACCCUCUGAAACUUCGACCCGUUCAAGGCCCACUAAUGCUGGUACCAUUGGAUCAGAAACACAACCCCACAUCACAUACACAAGCAGCUAUUCUCCCUCACAGAUACCAGCAGAUCACCCUGCAUCCAUGAACUUCUACAAGCAAAGCGAUGGAAAUUCUCAUCCUGGGAAAGAUGUAACUUAUCUCACCAAUAGAGACUCGGAGGCAAAUUUCUCGGACGAAUACGACGAAGAAUACGAGCUCCAUGAUCAGGGACGGUUUGAUUGCGGUGAACCUAAACCUAAAGCCAAUCAACAUGACACAGACAACGACCCCAGCAAGAUAAACUUAGCAGACCAGAAUAACAGUGAAUCUGGGAACCUUGCACACUAUAGCCAGAUUCCCGGAGUCGAAUAUGGGCACGGUCCUACGACACCUUCCGACACCCUUCUCGUACCCGGCUCAAACCUAAGCACAAAUGCACAAGUAGGUGAUACAUACGAUCUAGCUGGACUCGCCGCACAGUGUUACCACAUUGCAUCAGAUUGGCCGGGUGUUUCAAGGCACCAUCAUCCAACUAGACUGAGCGACGUUAUGGAAGAAGAUGAAAGAAGUAGAACGAGCAGGAACAGUGUGGGUCAAAUUAGCCGAUCUCGUGACGAAAGAUGA